CCAAAUAGCUCUCCUCUCUUCUUCUUCCUUACACGGCGGCAGAGAGGGAGAGAGGGAGAGAGGGAGAGAGGGAGAUCGAAUUAGAUCUGCCGGCAAUCCAGGAUAAGGAGAUGCAGUCGGCAACGAUGAAGCUAUCGCCUUUUGAUCUGAUGUAUACGAUCCUUAGCGGGAAGCACGGUGAGGAGUCUGCUACGGUGGCGGAUUUCAUCGCAGGUAACAAGGAUCUUCUUUCUCUGCUUGCGACCUCAGCUGCUGUGCUCGUCGGCUGCGUGGUGCUGCUUUUGUGGCGGCGGUCAGCGGGUCAGAAACAGGCGGCGCCGCGGCGUCUGGCGCCUUUGAAGCAAGAGCCGAAGUCGGAGGUGGACGACGGGAAGAAAAAGGUUACUGUGUUAUUUGGCACGCAGACUGGCACAGCGGAGGGUUUCGCUAAGGCUCUUGCGGAGGAGGCUAAAGCGCGAUACGAGAAAGCUUAUUUUAAAAUUGUUGAUCUGGAUGAUUAUGCGGCCGAUGAUGAUGAAUAUGAGGAGAAGUUGAAGAAGGAAACUAUAGCAUUGUUUUUCAUGGCGACCUAUGGAGAUGGUGAACCGACUGACAAUGCUGCUAGGUUCUAUAAAUGGUUUACAGAGGGCGAAGAGAGGGGUAGUUGGCUAGAGAAUUUCUCGUACGCCGUCUUUGGACUCGGCAACAGGCAAUAUGAGCAUUUUAAUAAGGUUGCCAAGGUGUUGGAUGAUGGUUUAGCAGAAGGAGGUGGUAAGCGCCUUGGUCCAGUUGGUCUUGGAGAUGAUGAUCAGUGCAUUGAGGAUGACUUCACUGCAUGGAAAGAGCAGUUAUGGCCAGAGUUAGAUCUGUUGCUUCGUGAUGAAGAUGAUACGUCAAGCGGAGCUACUUAUACUGCUGCAGUGCCUGAAUAUCGUGUUGUAUUCAUUGAUCAUGAAGAUCCAUCGCAUGGGGAAAAGAAUUGGAUUCUUGCAAAUGGCAAUGCAGUUCAUGACAUCCACCAUCCUUGCAGAGCUAGUGUGGCUGUGCGCAGGGAGCUUCAUCUUCCACUAUCCGAUCGUUCAUGCAUCCAUUUGGAGUUUGAGAUUGCUGGAACUGGACUUGCAUAUGAAACUGGAGACCAUGUUGGCGUGUAUGCUGAAAAUAAUGUUGAGAAUGUGGAAGAGGCAGAAAAGCUGUUGAACUAUUCGUCAAACACCUACUUUUCCAUUCAUGCUGACAAAGAGGACGGUACACCACUUAGCGGCGGUGCUUUAGCUCCUCCAUUUCCAUCACCAUGCACUUUGAGGAUUGCACUCACACGAUAUGCUGAUCUAUUGAGUUCUCCCAAAAAGUCUGCUUUAGCUGCUUUAGCUGCUCAUACUUCUGAUCCGACUGAAGCUGAACGAUUGAGAUUUCUGGCUUCUCCUGCUGGAAAGGACGAAUAUUCUCAAUGGAUUGUGGCUAGUCAGAGGAGCCUUCUCGAAGUUAUGGCUGAGUUUCCUUCAGCCAAACCUCCACUUGGUGUCUUCUUUGCAGCAAUAGCUCCUCGCCUGCAGCCUCGAUACUAUUCAAUAUCUUCAUCUCCAAGACUGUUUCCCAAUAGAAUUCAUGUGACGUGUGCACUAGUAUGUGGACCAACUCCUACAGGAAGGAUUCACAAAGGAGUAUGCUCAACUUGGAUGAAGAAUUCAAUUCCAGCAGAGAAAAGCGAAGACUGUAGUUGGGCUCCGAUCUUUGUAAGGCAGUCAAAUUUCACCAGUUCUGUGCCAAUUAUAAUGGUUGGACCUGGAACAGGAUUGGCCCCGUUCAGGGGAUUUUUACAGGAGAGGUUGGUACUCAAGGAGGCUGGUGCUGAACUAGGGCCUGCUAUACUCUUUUUUGGAUGCAGAAAUAGGAAAAUGGACUUUAUCUAUGAGGAUGAGUUGAACAAUUUUGCUGAAGCAGGAGCUCUGUCUGAGCUCAUUGUGGCCUUUUCUCGAGAAGGAAUUGCUAAGGAAUAUGUCCAGCAUAAGAUGCUUGAAAAGGCAUCUGAAAUCUGGAAUAUUAUUUCUAAUCGUGGUUAUAUCUAUGUUUGCGGUGAUGCUAAAGGCAUGGCUAAAGACGUCCACCGUACUCUUCAUAACAUUGUUCAGGAGCAGGGUUCUCUUGAUAGCUCAAAGACUGAAAGCCUAGUGAAGAAUCUGCAAAUGGAAGGGAGGUACCUGCGAGAUGUCUGGUGACCAAUCAAUCUCUCUCCGGUUCAGAAUUUCAGAUAUGAUGAUAAAAUAUUUAUCUUACACAAGAUCGCGAACAGUUUAUUAUUGGACAAAUUUCAGGUUCUUAUAUCUGCACAUCUGCCGCAUAGAAUUAUGAAUUUAGGCGCAUUUUUAUGACGAUUCUUUUGAGUAGUAGAUUUUUUUUUUCUUUUUCAUUGUAUCAUAACAUACAUCAUAUUGUAUCUCCAAUCCAUCCUCAGGCCAAUUUGUUUGGGAGAAAAUAAGUAAAAGAAUAUAUCUAUAUUUUUGUUUCUUGAGUGUUAGCUGGUUGUAUCAUGCAGUGGCUGAAAGUAGUUUUCAAAACGUCUGAAACUUCACGAUAAUUUCUUCAAUUUUGAUCUGAAUGUGGCACCAUAUCCGCGUGCAUUUGUUCU